AUGGUCCGAGAGCAGGCGCCUUAUGAGAGAAUAUGGGUCGGAGAUCCAGGCCCGGAGAUGGACCGUCUAUGGGAUCAUGUUGAAGCUGAACACUGCCUCGACUACGUGCGACAGGCCGUCAUGUGCAAUGCCAACACUACCCUUGUGACUCAUAAAUGGUUCAAGUCGGCACAGACGUUUGGACCCAAUUUCCGCACACAGCACACAUGCAGAAACUACGAGGCACUGAUGGAUUGGUCACUGGCGAGGUCACCGAACGUGAGGGCACAGCAAGGUCCCGGCUCCAAGGUUGCCGAGGACGAGACAAUGGUCAUGUCGGGUGAGCGCCUAGAGAAAACAAAGGCCGGACUGGGCGUCAGUGCUCAUGGAUAUCACAGCCCCUGA